AUGUCCCUCAUUGAUGAAUCUCGACAAUGGGAGUUUCGGGCCGUGACUAUUAUCAUGACUGCGCUGGCCGCGGUCUUUGUUGCUUUACGAUUUCUGUCCCGCAAAGGUAGACUUGGGAUUGAUGACUAUGCAAUGCUGGUAGCAUUGUUUUUUCUAUGUGCGGAUGCUGGUCUCAGUUUGACCUUGAUACAGUAUGGUUUGGGACUACAUGCGAGCGUUCUUUCAACCCAAAGUUUGGUGCUGAUUACCAAAUUGUUGAUAGCAUAUGAAUGUGUCUACUGUACCACUGUGGGCGUCAUCAAGAUUUGUGUUCUUUUCAUGUAUAUUCGCAUCUUUCCUACCCGGGGGUUUCGCGUUGCCACCAUUACUUUGGGAGUAGUGAUUGUUGGAUGGAUCAUUGCCAUUGUUUGCAUGAGUGUUAUUCAAUGCGCUCCUAUCCAAAGGGCGUGGGAUACAUCGAUCUCGGGAGUAUGCACCGACACGAAAACCUCAUUUCUCGCAGAUGCCGUGCCCAAUAUUGUCAUCUAUAUCGCCAUCCUAAUGCUACCAAUACGAGCUGUGUGGAAAAUGCACACUACCGUUACGCGCCGCCUCUCCAUUGCUGCCGUUUUCUUUCUGGGCAUCUUCGUUGUUUUUACAAGUGCCUAUCGUCUCGCCACGCUCUUUACAUACAAACCCACAGAUAUUUCCUGGACGCUCGGCAAUGCAUCCAUGUGGACUGUGAUUGAGUGUUCGAGUGGGAUAAUCGCAGCUUGCGUACCAACCCUUCACCCGUUGCUGGAAAUAAUCUCAAGUCUUCCCAGAGGCUCCCAGAUCCCAACAGAUGUGAAGAUCUCGGGUAGAAGGGGAUCUACAAAGUUGGCUUUUCGGCCUCCAGAUGAGCUAUUGGGAAAACCGAUGGUUCAGCUAGUAGUGACACGGCCCGAUGACUUGGGAGAUGAUGUGCCCUUGAAUACUAUCAUGGUACGCCGGAGCAUGACAUGGCAUGAGUCCAAUUGUGGGAGGAAUUGCAGAUCACCACGUCAUUGGAAAUAG